AAGGGGAAAAGGAAAAGGGUCAAGGUUCAAGAAAAAGCUUCAUGUAGCCAUUUGCUCAAAAUCAUGGCGUGUGUUUGGCCUAUAUGAGCAAAGCUUCCACUUCACCGCCUUCCCAUCUAUUAUUCGUUAGGUCAAAUUAUUUUAAUCAAAAUCAAUCUCUGUCUUUCUCUGUAUGCACACUCUUCCCUCUGCAAUACAAAAGAUACAAGCAAACAUAGGAGAUACUAACCCAAUAUGAGCAGUAGCGGCGGCGGCGGCGGCGGCGGAGGAGGAGGUGGACCUGCUAGGGUUACGAUCCCGGAGACUGUACUCAAAACCAUACAGAGCAUUAGGGAGAUCACAGGAAAACAACACAGCGAUGAAGAUAUAUAUUCUGUCCUUAGAGACUGCUCCAUGGAUCCUAAUGACACUGCCCAAAAGCUCCUCUAUUUAGAUACAUUUCAUGAGGUGAAAAGAAAACAUGAGAAGCGUGAUCGGAGGAAGGAGAUGUCAAGCACCCAAGGUCGAGGAGCCAGGGGUGGUCGAGGAAACAAUUCUGCAAACCAUGCCUAUUCGGAUGCUGUGGGUGGUAGGAAUGCAUCUUUCCGAAGGGAAAAUGGAGUUAAUCACAUGAAAGAGAGGAGGCCUUCAGCCUCUUUGCCAGUUGUGCAUAAAACAAAUAGUAGUGCAGCAGUUACUGGGACAAAGGCUUCAACUGUCUCUCCUAAUGGCCCUUCAAGUUUAUCCAGUGGGAGCUCAUCUCCUGGACUUGGCCAACAGUCUCCUGAAAGUAUUGUCGAUUUCACUAAAGAUAGCUCAGAUGCUGAUGUCAAGAAGCCAGAAUCUCCAUUAUGCCUCCCUGGUGUACCAAAAGCUACACCUAAUCAGGUAGCUGAGCCUGUGAUUCAAGUUCAGCAAGGAAAGCCCACAUCAAAUUUGAAUGAUCUGCCAAACCCUACCAUUUCAUCAUCUGUAUCUGGUGUUUAUUCCUCUGAAUCGAACCCUGUAUUGGAACCAUCUAUGACUCAGGAUCCUAGUGCUGCAGGUGGAAUUAAACAGGAAGUAGAAAACCAGGGAAGAGCUGCUGGACAGUAUCACAUGCAAUGUAAUAAACUUGUUUCCUAUGAUGAUCCAUCAGAGUUGCCCAAGAAUGAAACAGCAACCUCAUCAAUAAUUAAUUCUGUGUAUAGAAAUAAGUUACCAGGAAAAUUGAAAGCUGCUGAAAAGGAGUUAUCUGAAACACUGCAGCCUUCUUUGUCAGAUCGUGACAAUUUUUUGCCUGUUGGACAUUCUAGUUGUUAUAGCAAUUCAUCACAAGAGUCUAUUCUCCCUCAAACAGCAGUGGUAUCUUCAAAUGAUGUACAAGCUGAUGACAGUUCUUGCUUGUUGCCUGAGCAAACUGUCCCUAAUGGACAUGUUACAUUUCCAAAUCACUUCAAAGUUCCUGAAGCUUUAAAGACUGGGUUGACUUUUGGAAGUUUUGACACCAAUUCUGGACUGGGAACAGAAUUUGGCAAUAGUAAUGGUUGUGGAAUUAGUGGUACUCAUGCUAUUGAAUCAUCGUGUGGCAAUGAUGAAACUGCUAGGGAACCUUCUAGCAAUCAAAGUAUUUCAUCAACAACACAAGUGGAUAAUUCUGAUCAACCAGAAUCUCCUCAGCCAUCAUUUGAAAAAGUAACAAAUUCAGAGGACAGCUUUGUAUCAACUGCGAACUCAAAAUCUGAUAAAGCCAUGCAGGAAACAGUGUUGCUUCCAGAAGGCAAUCAGAACCCCAUUGUUCAAAUUGCUCCAAAUUAUGGUUUGGGAAUCAUGCCAGCCAUGCAGGGGGGUCACCUUUUACAGUUUGAGGGACAUGAGAUUCAGGCACGAGAUAUGUCUCAUCUUUCAGGCUAUGUUAGUGAGAAUCCUACCACUUCAUCUAGUCCAAGUCCAACUCCACCAGUGCAGAACUCUUUAGCUGCUUCUCCACACCAAAUUCUUUUCAGGCCACCAUAUCCUCCUAGCUAUAUUCCAUAUGGGCAUUACUUUAACCCUUAUUUUUUGCCACCAAUGCACCAAUUCUUGAGCCACAAUGGUCUCAGCCAACAGCUGUCAACUGGCAACACAUUUCUUACUCCUGCACCUGGUAUGAAGUUUCCUCUUCCACAAUUCAAUCCAGGAACUAGCACUGGAAAUCCAGCGCCCAUUGGAAUUCAACCUUUAUAUGGUGCAUAUGCUUCUUCCCCUAUUGGCUUUAAUCCUGCUUCAGGUGUGACUUCUGGCUGCUCUGACUGCAACAAUGAUCUAUCAACAUCUCAGUUGAAGGAAAGUCAAAACUACACAACUGGACCACUGAGCGAUGUUUCAUCUUGGAUUCCUCCAUCAGGGCAGGAGGUCUCCAGUUUGCAUCUUAAUUCUUUGUACCACCUCAGCCCUCAGGGACAACACCUUACUUUCUCCCCUGCACAGGUUGGUCAUGGUCCUUUUCCUGGAAUUUAUCCACCAGUGCAGACAAUAGCCGCUGCUUCAACUUUAAAUCCACUACUGCAACAAUCUCAGGCUGGGUCUGCAACCGUUGAAACUGUGGGAUUGGGACACCCAUCUGGCGCUUAUCAGCAGACUCAACUUGCACAAAUCAACUGGAACUCUAAUUAUUAAGCAGAUAAAACCUCAACUAUGUCUCGAAAGUAAAAUGCAUAACGGGAAUGGGAUGAGGGAGAGCCUCAGAAUGCUUCAGAAAGAUUGGAGGAUCUGAGUGUAAAUAUAAAAGGUGCAGCCAAGAGAUUUUAGGUUAAUAUGGUAGAUGGGGAUACAGAUUGCUGACAUUACAAAAUGAUAGGUCCAGGUUUUUUGGUUAUUGAGUGUUGCUUUAGUUGCCAUCCUCCCCAUCCUUUUCUAAUAUGACCCAUCUAAUAUGUUGUUAUAUUGACUGUGAUAUUAUUCUGCUGUUAUGCUGAAACUUAAUUUCUUGUGCUAAAACAUAAAUGUCGUAAGUUAUAGGGAGGUUGAGUGAGAAAGGUGAGAGUUAUCAAAAUUUUCUCUGUGAGAUGUCUCGCCUGUAUAAUUGAAUUUUGGGAACAGUGAUUUAUACAACUGUAAGUGCUAUAAUCAGAAUCAGAAGUGGCUGCUCUCUUGUUUAAAUUGAUUAGUGCAAUCCCUUUUUGUGUACAUUUGUUUAAAUAAAUACUUUUAUUAUUAUUA